AUGGCCGAGAAGCUCAGUAGCGAUGCGUCGCCCAGCCCGCCUUCGUAUGAGAAGGAUGUUGGUACCGCAUCAAUGAAGGAGGAUGCCGUAAUAGGUCUACCAGAUCCUGAUGCUGGACUCAGCGAAGGCGAGAGAGCGAGCAUUGACAAGAGACUCGUCCGCCAUCUUGACUGGAAGCUUAUUCCAUGGCUUACUCUGCUCUACUUGGCGUCCUUCCUUGACCGAACUAACAUCGGAAACGCUAAGCUCGAUGGCCUGUUGAAAGAUCUUAACAACAUGAGCAAUGGGCAAUAUGCCGCCGCCUUGUCGCUGUUCUUCGUCUCGUAUGCUGGUUUCGAGCCGCUCACCAACAUCCUGCUCAAGCGCCUGAAGCCGAGUGUCUUCAUACCUCUCAUCAUGGUGCUAUGGGGAAUCGUCAUGACCUGCAUGGGACUGGUCACAAACUUCUCUGGUCUCGCAGCUGCGAGGUGGUUCUUGGGCAUGGCCGAAGCUGGAUUGUUCCCCGGCGUCAACUAUUACCUGUCAUGCUGGUAUAAGCGGAAGGAAAUCGGUAUCAGAGCAGCCAUCUUCUUCUCCGCCGCCGCACUUGCCGGCUCCUUCGGUGGUCUUCUCGCUGCUGCGAUCGCCAAGAUGCGCGGCGUUGGGGGUAAAGCUGGAUGGGCCUGGAUCUUCAUCCUCGAAGGUCUGGCGACAGUACUGAUUGGAAUCGCCAGCUACUGGUUCGUCCAUGAUUUCCCGGAUGAUGCCAAGUUCCUGUCUGAGCCCGACCGCGUGCGAGUCAUCCGCCGUCUGAAGGCCGACAAUCAAUCUUCUGCCGAGCAUGAGGAGUUCAAGAUGGCUUACUUCUGGGCGGCAGUCAAGGACUGGAAGACAUGGGCCUUCGCUAUCAUCUACAUGGGCUGUGAUGGAGCACUCUACGCCUUCAGUCUGUUCUUGCCGACUAUCAUCACUGAGCUAGGUUACUCUUCGACCAAGGCGAAUCUGCUGUCCGUGCCGCCCUACGCCGCAGCGGCAGUACUUACGAUUUUCAUCGGCUGGCUUGCCGACAGAACGCAGCAACGUGGCUGGUGCAACGUUGGUGUGUCAUGCAUCGGUAUUGUUGGCUUCUCGAUGCUUCUUGGCUCUACCGCCCCAGGUGUCAAGUACGCAGGAACGUUCCUUGGCGCAUUGGGUAUAUACCCAUGUAUUGCGAACACGAUUGUGUGGUGUGCAAAGUAA